AUCGUCCACUCAGACAUCAAACCGGAGAAUUUCCUUAUCGACGGGAGCGGCGCCGUGGUCCUCUCUGACUUCGGCCUGGCACAGAGGCCAGAAGGCGCGUCGCUCAUGAGCGAAGACGACUUCCUGAUGUGGCACGGCCUUCCCGGGGGCACGGCGGGUUACUUGGCUCCUGAGGCGUUAAACAAAGUCGAUCCGUAUGUGGCCCACAAGUCCGACUUGUUCAGCCUUGGC